UAUUACUCCGCCAGUAGUUAGAUCUUGAAAAACACGUAAAUAAAUAUGAACUAGUAGACCGGAGGUCUCCUUUUAUAUGAGUAACCGAUGUAACUUUUAAUUUUAAACUUUACUGAAUGCAUAUUGUGUGUUUCAUGGAGCUGUCAUACAGGUGUACUUCAUGUAACCUCCGUGCUCGUCACAGUUCGCACAGAGGCUGAAACGGGAAGAGACACCGACGACGAGAGAGACGUCGUCUCCAUCGAGAGCAACGUCUGACUAUCUAUGAUGAGUCACUGCUCCAAAAAACAACCUCCAGACGACGAUGGAUCCUCGGACACAGAAAACUGGACAAAGAGGAGUCGCCUCCCUGUGGAGGAGUCUGCUUCAUCAGGAGACUCCUCCUAUCCCCAGUGUGGAGAAAGAUCCAGAACAAGACGUGGACUGCAGACCACAAACACACAAAUAGAUGGUGGUCUGCAGGAGGUUAUACAUGAACAUAAGAUCCGUCUGAAGACGAGAUGUGAACGUGUGACUGAAGGAAGUAAUGAAACAAAAAGUGAACUCCUCAACAGGAUCUACACUGAGCUCUACAUCACAGAGGGACAGAGUGAAGAGGUUCAUACCCAACAUGAGGUGAGGCAGCUUGAGACAGCUUCCAAGAAGAAGGAGACCCUCCAUGACACUCCCAUCAAAUGCCACGACAUCUUUAAAGCCUUACCUGACCAACAGAGACACAUCAGAGUCGCUCUGACCAACGGCGUCGCUGGCGUUGGAAAAACCUUCUCAGUGCUGAAGUUCACUCUGGACUGGGCAGAGGGCUCGGAGAACCAAGAUGUCAGUCUGGUGGUUCUGCUCUCGUUCAGGGAGCUGAACUUGAUCAAAGAUGAGCGGUUCAGUCUUCUCACGCUGCUCCAUGUUUUCCAUCCAACAUUACAGAAGGUCACAGCAGAGAAGCUCGCUGUCUGUAAACUUCUGUUCAUCUUUGACGGCCUGGAUGAAAGCAGACUUUCACUGGAUUUCAACAACAAAGAGCUCGUGUCUGAUGUCACACAGGAGUCAUCAGUCAGCGUGCUGUUGACAAGCCUCAUCAAGGGGAAUCUGCUUCCCUCGGCUCUCAUCUGGAUAACUUCCAGACCUGCAGCAGCCAAUCAGAUCCCUCCUUCAUGUGUUGACAGGGUAACAGAAGUACGAGGCUUCACUGACGCUCAGAAGGAGGAGUACUUCAGGAGGAGAGUCAGUGAUGAAGAUCUGUCCAGCAGAAUCAUCUCACACAUCAAGACCUCCAGGAGCCUCCACAUCAUGUGUCUGAUCCCAGUCUUCUGCUGGAUCACUGCUACAGUUCUGGACCACAUGUUGACCACAGACCAGAGAGGAGAGCUGCCCAAGACCCUGACUGACCUGUACUCACACUUCCUGCUGGUUCAGACAAAGAGGAAGAAGAAGAAGUACGAUGAAGGACAUGAGACGAGUCCACAGGAGCUGACGGAGGCUGACAGGGAAGUUCUUCUGAAGCUGGGGAGGCUGGCGUUUGAACAGCUGGAGAAAGGAAACAUCAUGUUCUACCAAGAAGACCUGGAGCAGUGUGGUCUGGAUGUCACAGAGGCCUCGGUGUACUCAGGAGUUUGUACAGAGAUCUUCAAAAGAGAGAGUGUGAUCUUCCAGAAAACAGUCUACUGCUUUGUUCAUCUGAGCGUUCAGGAGUUUCUGGCUGCAGUCUACAAGUUCCACUGUUACACCAAAGUGAAUAAUGACCAGAAUGACUAUUCCCUGGAUGUCUUCCUGUUUAAGCACAUGGAUGAAUCCCUUGAAAGUAAAAAUGGUCACCUGGACCUGUUUGUUCGCUUCCUUCAUGGCUUCUCUCAGGAGUCCAACCAGAGACUCUUAGGAGGCCUGCUGGGUCAGACAGACAACAAUCCAGAAAUCAUCCAAAGAGCCAUCAAAAAACUGAAGAAGAUGAACAUGUACGAGAUCUCUCCUGACAGAGGCAUCAACAUCUUCCACUGUCUGAUGGAGAUGAACGAUGACUCAGUCCGUCAGGAGAUCCAAGAGUUCCUGAAGUCAGAGAACAGAUCAAAGAUGAAACUCUCUGCAAUCCACUGCUCAGCUCUGGCCUACAUGCUGCAGAUGUCAGAGAAGGUUCUGGAUGAGUUGGACCUGCAGAAGUUCAACACAUCAGAAGAGGGACGACAGAGACUGAUUCCAGCUGUGAGGAACUACAGAAAGGCCAAAUUUUCUGGCUGUGGACUCUCAGAGACUCACUGUGAAGUCGUGGCCUCAGCUCUGAAGUCCAACCCGUCCCAUCUGACAGAGCUGGACCUGAGUAAAAACAUGCUGCAGGAUUCAGGAGUAAAGACGCUGUCUACUGGACUGGAGAGUACAAACUGUAGACUGGAGACUCUGAGAUUGAGGCGCUGCAGUUUGUCAGAGAUCAGCUGUGCUUCUCUGGCCUCAGCCAUGAAGUCCAACCCCUCCCAUCUGAGAGUCCUCGACCUGAGUGACAACGAGCUGCAGGAUUCAGUGAAGCUGCUAUGUGAUUUUCUGCAGAGUCCACACUGCAGACUGAAGACUCUGAGAUUGUUGAGCUGCAGGUUGUCAGAGAUCAGCUGUGGUUCUCUGGCCUCAGCUCUGAAGUCCAACCCCUCCCACCUGAGAGACCUGGACCUGAGUAACAACAAGCUGCAGGAUCUAGGAGUGAAGCUGCUGUGUGAUUUUCUGGAGAGUCCACACCAUAAACUGGAGACUCUGGGAUUGAGGUGCUGCGGGUUGACAAAGGAUAGCUGUGAUUCUCUGUACUCAGCACUGAAGUCCAACCCCUCCAAACUGAGAGACUUGGACCUGAGUAAUAAUGAGCUGCAGGAUUCAGGAGUGCAGCUGCGUGAUCUUGUGCAGAAUCUGAGGAUCAAUAUCACACCUGGCGGACACAUAGAAGGUUCAAAAUGCGAAACCCUACCAGAGGACUCAAAAGACAGGCUGUUCUCAAUUCGGGCAAAGUUGAUAGGCAGCCUCUCUGAACCCAGUCUGAAAGCUCUUAUGGAUAUACUUCUUGAGCGUCACGUUAUAAAUGAUGAUGAAAUGGAAUCAGUCACAGCAGUCGCAGAAAUUCGCGAUAAAAAUAGAAAGUUGAUCGACAUGGUCCGAAAAAAGGGAGAUAAAGCCUGCUCAAUCCUGCUUGCUGCUCUCCGUAAGGUGGAUCCAAUGGUUUACGACAACAUGUUUCAAAUGAAGACGUAAAAGUCGUAAUGUUGCAAAAAAUAAGAACAAAGCAAAGAGACAAAACAAAGAUCUCAUCCAAGAUGAUGACAAGUCUACAUACAGACGGGAGGUUGAACAGCUGGUCCUCUGGUCUGGACGCAUAUAUCGAUUAAACUGCAGUGACAACUGCCAGAGCAAAUCAAACUUUGUGAGCUCAACUAUAAUUUUAGUGCAUCUAAACCUGGAAGUGUUGGUGUUAGUUGAUGAUAUGAUUUUCAGCAAAAGUUGCUAUCCAACGAACCAAAGAGGAAGUCCACCGUCUAUUUUGGUACUGACUGCAACAUGCUGCCUGCUGCUCAUACUGGGCAGCUUCUUGUGACAAUUAGAUUUGAACACCGAAGUAAAAACAGAAACCACAAGACUGCCCAAACUUGAUGUUGCUCCAUUGUUUGUUAUUGUUGUGAACUGAAGGGUAUAGGUCUUCGGUCCUGGCCAAUCGAUGAGUCUGGUUUUCUUCUUCCUGGACAUACCGCCCCAAAUAGUUUUCAUCCAGCGUGACUGGCUAUAAAUAGCAUUAAUUUUCUGUUUUCUGACACAUUAUGUGAGCCAUGGUGGAAGUCAGAAUGCAGCCUUGAUUUUUAGAUUCUUUAGAAAUGCUUUAGAAAUGUAUAUUUAUCCCACAACUGUGCAUAUAGAAGACAUGGACUGUGUGGGAUUAUACUGGGGUUCAGAUGAUCAUAUAAUGUGUGUUUCCUGUUUUUGCAUGUCUCGUGCACUUCCCUUAUUUGGUCUGUGUUUUGCUGAGGAUGGCAGGGAGAGAUAAU